CGAAAACUUCUUAUUUCUUUUGUGAUACUAAUAACUAUCGUUUCUCUAACAUGCCUUUCGGAAGAAUUCCUGAUCAUCACUUUUUUAUUUAAUCAACCAAAACAUCAACAACCAUUCAAUAUGACUUCUCUUGUCCCUCGUCGACCGGGUCCUUGCCGUUUAGUGUAUGAGGUAGAUUGUCAACGCAUAAUUGAGGGUGACAGUGAAUAUAUAUCAGCAGCUAAUGAAACAAUGGCAAAAAUGGUGUACAGAUAUCCAGCGGAUAGACAAAUAGGAGACCUAGCUCAAAACUGUACCAAAUUUAAAGAAGUAUAUAGCUAUAACCUUUACACUGUGUCCCAAGAAGAAUUAGAUUUCCCCAUUGCUUACACAAUACUGACUUACAAAGAUGCAAUACAAACAGAGAAGCUCCUAUAUGCCAUCUAUCGACCACAUAAUGUUUAUUGUAUACACGUAGACAAAAUUUCAGAGACUGGUCCAUCCUUACUAUACGCCAUGACAUCUAUAGCAAACUGUCUUCCCAAUGUUUUCAUUGCUUCCAAACUGGAGGAUGUCAUCUAUGCAGGGUUUUCUCGAUUGAAAGCUGACCUGAACUGUAUGUUCGAUUUACUACAUAACACCGACAUAAAGUGGCGAUAUGUCAUUAACUUACCACCUCAGGAAUACCCUAUAAAAACUAACGCAGAAAUCGUCAAAAUCUUAAAGGUUUUUAAUGGAACAAGCAGCAUAGAAAGUAUUCACGAUGAUAAAGCGUAUUAUAGGUGCAACGAAUCUUACACAGUUCGGGACCAAACGAUACAGGCAACGGGAAAGAAAAAGGACCCGCCAUCUUAUAAUAUCACUGUAGGAAGAGGAAGUGCAUAUGGGGUGUUUAGUUGGAGUUUUGUGAAUUUUUCAGUCAAUGAUGUAAAGGCUCAGGAAAUAUUAAAAUGGUUAGAAGACACAUACAGUCCUGACGAAUUCUUCUGGGCGACCUUAGCCAGUAAUAAACAUCUUAAUGUUCCUGGUGUGUUGGGUUUUCCAAACAGAAAAUUGUGGAUACCGGUCACAUUAUCAUGGAAGGCGAACAAGGAUUGCAAUGGGAAAUAUGUCCAUGACGUUUGUGUGUUUGGUAUUUGGGACAUAAAUAGAGUUGUGUCAGAAAAAGAACUUUUUGCCAAUAAGUUUCAUCAUGACUUCCAACCUCUGGCAUUACAAUGCAUGGAAGAGUGGUUCCUCAAUAAAUCCUUUAGUCCAAAACCAUUUGGAACAGAUUAUUACAGGAAACUGAUUUACUCAGUAAAGACGACUUAAUUUAUAGAUUAAUAACAAUUAUGA